AUGGAGAAACGUGUGGAUCUAAUUUCGCCAGAUGAGAAGGUAAAUAUAAGAAGCCAAUUACAUAUACCUGACGAUCUUUUCUUCUCUAUUUUAUCCAAACUGCCUAUUAAAUCUUUAAAGCGAUUUGGUUGUAUAUGCAAAUCAUGGUCCCUCUUGUUUGAUAAUUCUUGUUUCAUGAGUAUGUAUCACAACAACUUUUUAACAAAAGAUCAUUCUUAUUACGACGAUACAUCUCUCUUGCUACAUCAAACUAAUACUCCAUGGGAUGGUUAUCUUUACGACGAUACAUUUGAGUUGUAUUAUAUAUUUGGAAAAACACGUGAGAAUAUGGUUCAAGUUGAUUGGCCAAAUGUCAAAUUAAAUAGUGUAUUUAUGAAUAGAGAGUAUGAUUCAGCUGGUUUUAAUAUUUUAGGUUCUGGCAGUGUUAAUGGAAUUUUUUGUCUAAUUUGUGUACGUGAACACAAUAUUAUUUUGUGGAACCCAUCCACUAAAGAAUUUAAGAUCAUCCCUGAAAAUCUUUUUCGAUUUGGACCCAGUUGGUUUGUUUGGAAUUUCCAUCGUGGAUUUGGUUAUGAUUGUGUUCGAAAUGAUUAUAAAGUAAUGUGCUAUGGACAAGUUAUAGAAGAUACCGAUGGUGAUGGUGAUGGUGAUGGUGAUGGUGAUGGUGAUGGUGAUGGUGAUGUUGAUGUUGAUGUGCAGCCAAGAGAAGAUAUAUCUUAUAAGUCAUAUAUAUGGGAGAUAUAUAGUUUAAAAAGCAACUCUUGGAAAAUAUUUGAUGUUAAUAUGAAGUAUAGAAAUAUGAAUUCUGAACAAGUCUAUGUAUGUGGACUCAGUCACUGGUUAUGUGAAUCUCAAACAUAUAAUGAAACAUAUUUGUUGUCAUUUGAUUGGAGCAAUGAAGUUUUUCUUACAACAAAUGUACCGUCAGAUAUAGAUGGUAAUUUUGAAGAAUAUCAAGUGCGGAGACAUUUAGUGCUAUUAAAUGGAUCUAUUGCUUUCAUAUCAAAUCAUAAAGACUCGGCUACUUUUCACAUUACGGUAUUGGGUGAGCUCGGUAUAGAGAAAUCAUGGACUAAACUCUUCGUUCUAGGACCUUUGCCUUGCCUUGACCAUCCAAUAGGUGCUGGAAAAAAUAGUUAUAUGUUGUUUAGAAAAUUUGAUGGUGGACUAGUUUGGUUGGAUUUAAACACUCAGAUAAUUGAGGACCUUGGUAUUAUAGCAAAUAGACUUUCUUGUAAGAUAAUAAUUCAUAAAGAAAACCUUCUACCUUUAGAAAGAAUAGACAUUUAAUUUUUCUUCCAUAAUAUUUGAGAUUUUAUCUUGUAUUCAAAGUGGUAUUUUAGUAGUAGAUUUCUGUUGUAGAGAAGA